AUGGAAGCUAUUUCACAUGCUGGAACAUGUCUUGGUAUUCAAGCUAAUGAUGGUAUACUUAUUGCUGCUGAAAAAAGAAAUGUACACAAAUUGCUUGAUGAAUCUGUUCUUGCUGAGAAAAUCUAUCGAAUUUCUGAAAAUAUUUCUUGUACUGUUGCCGGACUUACAUCAGAUGCUUUAAUUCUUAUUAAUCGUCUUCGUUAUUGGGCUGCUGAUUAUAAAUUACGUUUUGGUGAACCAAUGCCUGUUGAACAGUUGGUACAAACCUUGUGUAAUGAAAAACAAAGAUUUACUCAAAUUGGUGGUAAAAGACCAUUUGGAGUAUCUCUUUUAUAUGUUGGAUGGGAUAAACAUUAUGGAUAUCAACUUUACCAAUCUGAUCCAUCUGGAAAUUAUACUGGAUGGAAAGCAACAUGUAUUGGAAAUAAUCAUCAAGCUGCAGUUUCUUUAUUGAAACAAGAAUACAAAUCACCUACAAUUGAUGAAGCUAAAAAAUUAGCAAUGAAAGUUUUAUCAAAAACUCUUGAUGUUAAACUUUCUGCUGAUAAAGUUGAAAUGGCUGUUCUUAAGCAUAUUAAUGAUAAAACUGUGUUAGAAAUUUUAGAUAUUAAGGAUAUUGAAACAUUGGUUAAGGAACAUGAACAACGUGAGAAAGAAGCUGAAGCUGCUGCUAUUCAAUCAUCUACGUCAAAAUCUUAA